AUGAGCGACGGUAAUCACUUACCAUCAGCUGACGUUGGUCGCUGCGAGGUGCCGCUGGGUAUGGAGAGUGGCAUGAUCUCCAACGAGUCUCUCUCAGCUAGCUCAAGUUAUGACCAGAGUGUUUCGCCUCUCAGCUCAAGAAUAAGAAAAGAAAUCCGCGGCGGUGCGUGGUGUCCAAACGGAUUGAUUUCACCUCGCAGCCGACAAUUCCUCCAAAUAGAUUUACGGGAUGAAUAUUUAGUGACAGCCACAGAGUCCCAAGGAAGAUUCGCAAACUCUGUCGGCGUCGAAUUCGUGGAGAGCUACUCAGUGGAGUACUGGCGUUCAGCGCUUAAUCGCUGGGUAAAAUACAAGGACUUCAACGGAAGCAAACUAAUCACAGGCAACGUUAACACUUAUACAGCCACGAAGACAGUUCUGGAAGCACCAUUCAUCGCAUCUAAAGUUCGAUUUUUUCCUUACGCCGCUCACCCCAGAACAGCCUGCAUGAGAGUCGAACUGUACGGCUGCCGGUGGAAACAAGCUUUAGUGGCGUACUCGGCUCCUCGGGGAGGUGACAUGCAGUCGAUGACGGGCGGUGCUAAAUUCGAAGACCUAGCGUACGAUGGCGUUUUGCGAGACGGCACUCUCUACGACGGACUCGGUCAGAUGACUGAUUCCUUAGUAGGACCGAAUGAUUUCGAACUACCCGAUCCUUCAGAUACAGGAGGUGGAUAA